AGCUGCAUCAUGAUCUCACCUGCUGCGCAACCUCCGGCAAGAUGGCUCGUGCCGUGAUGUUUGCUCUUGAUGGCAAGCUCUCACACUAUAUGCCACUUCGACGUUCACUUGAAUCUGUGGUCUGAAGGAGUCAAAUUCCUACCUGCUCCCUUGCAAGUGGCCAUUCCCCACUGAGAAAUCUGAGUCGACCGAGCCUUCUCGAAGCUGCCAGACGCCCCUCCCUUAUUCGGACUCUGCGAGAACUGCGUCUCUUGCUGGGUUAUGCUGGGUUCCGCGAAAGGAAGCGAAGUGUAGCUCGCGAGCCGAUGAAAACGUAUGUCGCCAAACCGUCGGCGCGACCACCCGAAGGACCGCGAGGAUAUCGGCAUCUUCAACUUUUACCAUGUCUUUGGCCUACAGAUUGCCAACAACAUGAUUUGCCCGAUUAAAAUGCCGAAAGGCUCGGUGUCACAGCCUAUGUCCCCGAUGUUUCACGGUGGUGGAGCUCCCGUUUCGUUCGUCGACAAGUUGGAAAGCACCGCGGUGGAAGCCAAUGUGACGACGCUCGAAAAUAUUACAGAAGGACUACAGAUGGCGCCUAUCUUUCGUUACGUAGAAAAGUUCAUCUUGAUCUUCACCAACGAGAAAGGCUUCAAGAAACUCGGCGAGAUCACUUCUACGGAAGCGUAUAAAUGCGCUCUCCUUUACAAUGGCAUGGGUGACCUGGACAUGUCCGCCUCGGCACAUGCUUCGUCCUGGACGAUGGACGAGGUUGGAUCGCUGCGGAACCCGACUUUGUCCAGCCUCUGCGAGGCGGAUGAGAUAAUGAGCCUGGCGCAGCUCAGGCACGUCACCGUGGUCAUGAAGGAGGAAGAUACGGUGCCGUGCGACACCAAUGUGUACCCCAACACGGUCCACUGCGGCGACGCGUGCCCCAAUCUCGCAGACCCACAGGCCAAGGCGAGUUUCGAGGCUGCGUUUGCGCAAGCCGCUCUUUUAGAGCGGGAAGAUGGGCUUUCCUCUUUGCCCAUGCGACCUCCAGGCUAA